CUCACAGCAGCCGUAUCUAGUUACUUUGAUAUAUAAGGUUAGUAAAAUCUCCACCUCUCAAAAGAAUAAACAAGAGUUAUUUGCUAGAAAUGGGGGGAAUGGAGUUUGGAGGGUCUCUUUCUGUUGCCAAUGUUCAACAGCUCGCUUCCACCUCCAAGGACGUGCCGAGCAGGUACAUUCGCCCUGAAUUCGAGCUCGAUCGAGUUUCCAGCGACGAGUCUGUCCAGGUUCCCGUGAUUGACAUGAGCAAGCUAGUGGAUGAUGGCGAAUUGAUGAGGCUUCACUUGGCUUGUAAAGAUUGGGGAUUCUUUCAGGUGAUCAAUCAUGAAGUUGCAGAGGAAGUAAUUUCAAAAAUGAAGGAUGAUGUUCAAGAAUUCUUCAACCAACCGUUGCAGGAGAAAAUGGAACAUGCACAGCUACCAAACAGCAUCGAAGGAUAUGGCCAAGCGUUUGUUGUAUCAGAAGAGCAAAAGCUUGAUUGGGGCGAUAUGCUCUACAUUCUUCCGCAACCUGUCAACGAAAGAAACAUGAGGUUUUGGCCGAGAGCUCCCUCAUCUUUCAGGGCAACUCUGGACAAGUACUCAUCGGUGCUGGAAAAACUAUCUGUCAGCCUGCUGAGUGCCAUGGCUAAGAACUUAGAACUCGACCCAGAAAAGUUCCUCUUGUUGUUCAAAGAAGGUUCGCAAGGUAUAAGAAUGAACUACUAUCCAGCAUGCAAGCAAGCGAGCAAGGUCAUCGGUCUGGCCCCGCAUUCAGACGCUGUUGGAUUGACAUUGCUGACUCAGGUGAAUGAAGUUCAAGGACUGCAAAUCAAGAGAGCUGGAGAAUGGGUUCCCAUUAUUCCCAUUCCAGGUGCUUUCAUCGUGAAUGUUGGAGAUGUCAUCGAGAUAAUGAGCAAUGGAGAAUACAAGAGCAUAGAGCACAGAGCGGUGGUGAAUCCAGAAAAGGAGAGACUCUCAAUUGCAGCAUUCCACACCACAAACAUAAAAGCCAUGAUCGGGCCAUUGCCAGACCUCAUCAACAAGGAUCAGAAGAAGCAACGACCGAAAUACAAGACCAUAUCUGCCCCGGAAUACAUCAAGCUCAUCAUAAGCUCUAAGCUCAAUGGCAAAGGAAACAUUCAUUCAAUGAAACUAGAAACAUAAGCAUGAGUUAAUACAAGCUUAAGUUGGAAAUCACCCGAUUCCAAAUUAACACUGAAGGUGGAAAGAUCAAAAUACAAAAUAGUUCAUACUCUGACACGAAUUAUGAUUGUCAACAAAAAGAAACCAUCUUUUAUUGAAUCAAUAAAGGCUAUACUUCAUACAAUUCCAAAUCAUGUUCAAGAAUUGGGAUCUCUGGUGAAGCAGAUUCUUAUUAUGACAUCUCCUGUCAACUCGUUACAAAUUCAAGAUCUCCGCGCCAACAAUUCGCAUUCACAUAAACAAUGUAGAAACUGGAGUUGCCCUGUUCAUCCACAAGUGAACAAAAUGAGAGUUCACGGAAAGAGGAAUACACAGCAUUAGAUGAAGAGAAUUGAUACGUGUUGAAAUCGUAUGAGUGAAUGAAUGCCUUUUCUUGGCGGGAUUGAGCCAGUUCUCUCUUUUCUUGGCGAGAAAUUACCAGGGUUUUACUUACUGAAAUUCUGCCCCUUGUUAUUUCUUUGCUUCUAGUUUAAAUACAUCACUAGUUUUUUGGCCCGCGCUUUGCAGCGGUAAGAUUUAUGUAGACCGAUAUACACUUGUUUAAUUGAUAUAUAAAAAAUAACUAUCACAUCAGGCAAGAAGAGAGCACAUUUGAUUAAACUAUUAUGUAGAAGUUAACUUAAACCUUUGUGUAGUACAAAAUGGAUUAUAUGAUGAAUAUUGUAGUUAAUAUAAUUAAAGUUUGUUUCAUUGUUACAUAAGAAAUAACUAUUAUUCGAUAAGUUUGACGUAAUGUAUAUAAAAUUUUAUAACUGUUACAGAUCGAUGUUAGAUAAAUUAUAUGUAAUGUAUGGUAUAAUAAUAAAAUCGAAUUAUGAAAAUUGUCACAUUUGAUUAAAGAAUUAUGUAAAAUUUAACUUAUCUUAUGAAAUCUUUACAUAAUGUAAAUUGAUAUGGUGAAUAUUUUAGUUAAUGUAAUUACAGUUGUUUUGAACUUACCUUACAAAUUUUGUGUAAUACAAAUUGAUGGAAGAUAAUAAUAAGGAAUUAAGUUAUGAACUUUAUUUACAGAAUUAAGUUAAUAAUCAAGGAAUUCAUGAAAUUGAAGAUGCAACAAUUAAAUCAAUAUAUUUAGUAGUUACAUCAUGUAAUAGAGUUUGGGAAGCUAGUACACGCAAUUUCUCAUUUGCUUGUGCAUACAGCCAGCCAUAGGUUAUAAGUAUAACUCGGUCGAAGUUUUCAUCAAGACAUGUUUUUUUUUAUUAUUCAGGAACCUCAAUCCCAUGUGCCAUUUUUUGGCAAUCGGGUCUACUAAAAUUGGGGAGUACCUGAGUUUGUCAUCUAAACAUGACUUUGUACUAAUUAAGCCUCUAUUCAGUUAAGAAGGUGAAACAAACUUUUUUCGAAUUGGAAUAAUCACAAACUAAAUUUUAUUGUAAAGUUUGUCUUAUGUGUUUGAAUGAAAUUGUUCACCCUUGUAAAAAAAAUAGGAAGUAUGACAACAAAAAGCAAUAUAUAAUAAUAGAAAAUAAUUAUAUUUGGUGAGUUAGAAGUUUGCUUAAAUCAUGCAUCAUCAUUAGGAGUUAUUGGAAUUUGAGAACAUGACCUUUGGCCAUGAAAAUUAGAAUAUAAAGUUCCAGUUGUUCAAUGAAUAAUGUUAUUUGGAUAAUUACAAAUCUAAAAUUUAAUUUCGUAUUUGACAAAUUGAUGUUAAUAUAAAUGCUUGCAAAUAUAAUUGAAGAACUUCAUACACAUUUAAUUGAUAAUGAACAAAGAGAGUGAGAGAGAGGAGGCUUGAUAGAUUGGGAAAUGGGAAUAAUGAAAUCGGGAUCAGUUG